AUGGGGCCGCGAGAUCGGAACAUGGCGGACGAAGAGUUAUUUAUUCAGAGUCCGGAUCGCGGAUAUAACGAAGGAGCGCCAAUUAGCGCCGGAUGUUGGCCGCCGCGGAUCCCGUUACGACAGGGGACAGCAGCGGCGAUGGCGGCGGCGGUGACGCGGGGUGUUUGGGAUGCGAGCCACGUCCGCGCCUUGGGCAUUCAGGACAAAUAUAGGGUUUCCAUGUCUUCCAUCAAGCACGUGUAUCGCAGGAAUCUGAAGGGGAUUACAGUCAGGGUUGAUGAUGACAUGUUGCGAUACUACUGCAACGAGGACGUAUUCUCAAUAACCGUCGAAAGGCUGGACGAGGAGUACUUUCAGAUCACCAUGACUCCUGAGGACGAUUUUGUGGACCGUCAUCCUUGCGCCACACGCGCUCAUCAGGAGUCGGCAUCUGGCGGGAACUGAAGAAUGAAUACGUUCAGUAUAUUCACACAAGAGGUCCAACUUUUUUUUUUUUUUUGCGCUGCUGUGAUGGAUUCACGUGUUUUCGUGACGGUGGCUUCGGUUUAUGUUAUGUUGUUGGUACUUUUGUUGUUUCCCUCUUGCGAAUGUCGUUUCUGAAAUUGGGUUUGGUGCAACGAGUUUCCUAGCGAACGGCGAGGCAAUUCGGUAUUCGGAGGCUACGAUAUAGAAAAUUUUCUGGUCAUCUGCAAUGGUUCGGUGCCAUUUGAAGGAAACAGUUAAUAUUGAUGUAGGACGGAGGAAUCGUUUUAGGAACGGCUUCGUCCCGCGGUAGGAAUAGAAUCGCGAUUCUGUCUAGGAAGAUACGAAUCUCUAUGUACUCGUACGUAUCCAUUGCGGGAAAAGGUGCUUGAAGUUCAAGACCACGCGUACCUGAUUUCUGCCAUUUUUUUGAUGAAUGUCGUGUCUUAAGCAACCAGAUCGAUGUCAUCGUGUGACACGUCCGGCUGUUCCUGUGCAAUCAAUCAAAGGAUUCAGAAAGAAAUAAUAUUGCUCAAUGCUUUGCGCGUGCCUAUUGAACAAUUCAUUUUUGUCGAGAAAAAUUCAGCGGGGUCACGAAUGGGGAUGUAAGCUUCCUGUCUGCGUCCAUUGGCAGGACUAUGUUCGGGAAAUAAGGCAGGAAAUGUUGAGCUUUUGGGCAUUUGUCUCGAAAUUUUUUUGGAAAAGGGGGGGGGGGUUAUUUUUUGCGGUCUGUAUGUCAAGAUCGUAGUUGCUGGAUGGUAUUUAUUGAGUUUUUUAUCCGAGCGGGAAGUGUUUUGCAGUUUUGAAGAACCGAUUCGGUGAGAGAUAACACAUGCGUCGUGAGCUUUGUUUGAUCAUGCCAUUCGCUGCGAUGUUCGCGCACUGAUGCGUCCGCUCGUCCCCUGGAAUCAUUGUUUCAUUUGUACGCCGUUCAGCUUGGUUUUGUAUGAUACUGGAGAUGAGCUGGAUUUACAGUUGCAUUCCUGGUUACGCAAGUGCCUCGAGUUGUGCUUCCCCACGAUGUUUGUUGUACCUGCCCGAGCCCUGUUAAUUUUGAGGAUGUGAUGGAUCAAUCGAAAGUUGCGGUCGAGUGCUUGCGUUUGCGUGGCCUGGGGUGAAAGACGGGUUAGUUCGUGUUGAUCGAGGAAAGUCGUGAACCAGGGGCUUCUCCUCACCCCCCGACCCCGGAGAAAUCGUUUCGGAAAAAAUCAUGUUGUAUGGAUGUUCGGAUCUCAUUUGUUCCUCGCUUGUCUAGGCUUGUAUGCCGACAAACGUGCUGAAUGCGGCGUGAGGUUAUUUUUUGCCUGGAAUUCAACGCUGCUUUUUCCAUGGUGUGGAAAUGGUGACUUCGUCACACUAUGGACCUUCGUCGAGGCUACCUUAACUUUUCGUACCGUACUCAUUAUGCGAGUUUAUUUUUUUUUUCGUGAGUGGAUAUUCGAAGGGAGGAGCUCGGUAUAUUUUUUUUUUGUGCACGAGGACACCUCGGAAUUUGGUCGCUUCAUUUCGCCAACGCUAUACAACAAAAUUAUUGUUACGUUGCAUGAGC